AGACUCUCCAGCAAGCAAUUGGACCAGCCCAAAAGGACUAAUUCCGGGGACUGACAUAUAGUAUAGAUCCUCUUCGCGCGAGAGAGAGAGAGAGAGAGAGAGAGAGAGAGAGGGAGGGAGGGAGGGAGAGAGCGACACGUGGAGAAAAGGCGGAGAUGGGCCCCGCACCGAACCCUUUAAAACUCCCCUGGAGAUCUUUCAUAAGCGCCAAACGCAACGCCACUUGCUCCUCUCUCUCCCUUUCUUUCUCUCUCUGUCUUCACUAUUAAGUAAAAUACGCAUGUCCUUCCGAGUUUCGCUUGCCUGCGUUUUUUAUGCAUCAUCCUCCUUCCUCACCUCGUUCCCAUAAAGAUUCUCGUUUUCGCUCCUUCCGCCGUCGAUUCUCUUCAGAUUCAUGUAGGGGUCUCUGGCGGCCGUCCUCGUUUCGCUUUUCUCGGAUGACGCUGCUAGGGACGAGGCGGUUCUUGGAGAGUUGCCUUUCGGCGGUCGCCUCUCUCGCUGCUCUCGUGAUCGGACGUCAAGGGGUUUGAUCGAUCAUGUCCGGUUCUCUGUUCUUGUGAAAAGGGAAGAAGUAGAAAAACGAAACCUUGUCCGGGUGUGGAUGGUUUUCUUGAAGUGAAUUUUCCAGAUAUCCAGACAUAGGAUGGUUUAGAGUGACAGGUAGAGGCAACAUGGGGAGUGGAUUCAAGCCAUCCACCCCCGCUUUCCGUCCACAAGUGAAUGAAGACCUCGCAUUACUUUUGCUAAAGAAUGAAUCUGAUGGCUCUACUGGGAUGGUUGGUCAAGUGAGUAAUGAUGGAAGUGGCAAUCUUUCCGCCCCUUGUACAUCGCCAACAACCCAUGUUCCAUAUGGGAACUGGCAAGGAGCAGCUGAUUCAGACAAUAGGGACUUCCCAUCAGCUAGUACUACCCUUACAGUUAGUGACUUCCAGUUCAGUAAUUUGACGAGUUCAGUGACUAGGUUAAAUCAUACUAGUGGAAAUGGUAACUCCCCCAUGUUGCAAGGACAAGGCAUGCAUGCUCCAAGCAUCAGUCGGAACUCCUUUAGGGUGCCUGAUAGUAGCUCUUAUGGUAAUGCGGUCACAUUGGACAAUCUGAUGAGUAGUAGAAACAGUGUCCGGGGUCCUUUGACUUCAAGAGACUAUGCUGAUUUCAGAGGCAAUGUUAGCGCAGGACUUAGGACAAUUGGACCUACCUGGGCAACAAAUGUACAGAGAGGUCACGAUUCCAUGGUCAUUAGUAGGGUAGCCAACUGUGCUACCAAUCUUCAGAAUUCUCCUACAAACUUGGGAAUCAUGCAGGCAAAUUCAAGCAGAGGCUCACAAGGCUUGUUGCAAGGACAGUCAAGUAAUAACAAUAUGUUAAUGGGGAAUCUUGAGGAACAAAUGCUACUUGCGCCUUUGCUAAACCAAAGAUCAGAUAGUGGUCAAGUAGGAGAGGAUGGUGGUGGCAUGUUCAACAUGCUGCAGUUCAAAUCUCCUGAAAAACUUGAUGGACGACUUUUGACCCUUGCAACAGGAACUCACACAGAGAUGAGCUCAAAACCUUUUGUCUCUGGCAGCUAUAAUACUCAAGAAACUGGUGGGGGCAAUUAUCAUGGUCAUAAUGGUAAUCUGUUGCAUCCUGAAAACAGCACAUCUGGAGGUUCUGUUCUGUUCCAGAGUGUGGAUGGUAACUCUGUAAGCUACAAAAAUGCCACUUCGUCCAGCGGACACCAAGAAAUCAGGUCAAGCCAGUGUGGCAAUUUACAUUUGCAGCAUUGCAAUAUAGGUCAAAGUCGUCUAGUGUCAUCUUCAAAAUCAACUGUCAGUGACCACUCUGUACAGCAAGGUUUGGCACAGCAUGGUUUGGCACAGCAUGGCUCGACUAGGUGUCCAUCUUCAUCUUCUCCAUUUUUUCAGAAUAAUGCUCAAGCAGCUUCUCAUGCAUUGGGGAAUUCAGGUACACAAGCUGACAGGAAUCUUUUGAGAGUACCCUCUAAAACAAUCUCUCUGAGUAACAGCAUCUUCUCUCCUCAGCAUGGUCAAUCUGGUAAUCUAGGGCAAAGUUGGGCAAAUCAUGUGGCCAAGCCAGUUCCAAAUCUUCUUAGCUGCAGUUCUGCUGGUGCAUUACCAAGCGCUGUGAAGCAACCUGAGCUUCAACAAAUCUCUAAUAUGCCUGUCAGACCAUCGCGUAAGAGAGAGGCACCGCAACUUCCAUCUGGUGCUUAUAAUCUGGUUCGCAGGAAGACCCAGCCCAUCACUUCAUCAUCAGUAUCUUCUUCAACACAGACAACAAUACCUUCACAACCUAUUGCUCGUUCAUCAGUUCCUACACUAAGACAAACUGCAACAACUUUACAACUGACCACUACUCCAUGCAUCCCAUCUUCAAGGCCAACUUUAGCGCCUUUACAACCUGUUAACUCUUUAUAUAUACCUUCUUCAAGACAAAAUGCAACUUCUUCAAGACAAAAUGCUACUUCUUCACAACUCAUACGCCAGGUUGCUUCACCUCUGCCCCCUUUGGCCGAGCAGCAUCGAUCUGUUGCAGGUUUCAUCCCAACACCACGAACUGUGCCAGCAUUUCCUUAUCCAGCCCAGCCAAUACAGUAUGACCCCAUCCAACGGCAGGGUGCUUUAGCUCAGCCAUAUAUUCCAGCACCAAACCAGGUUGCUCCAUGUCUCCCUCACCGAGCUCAAUCUGUAAGACCUCUUUCAAAUCAGCUUCAAAAUUCUCUACCUUUAGCUUCACCUCAUAGGCCCCCUGUGCAUCCGUAUUCUCCACCUCUACCUCAGCAUUCUCCAGCAGCUCGCGCAGGGCUAACUUUAAGGCAGAUUGCUCGACCUACUGCACUUGUGUCACCAGCUGUUCCCCUGAGAAUUGUACCACGGGCUGCUCAUCCACCGCCUGGAAUAGCAAAUCCUUCUGCACCUUCUGCGCAUAUAAGAUUGGAAGUUGAAGAUGAUGCUUCCCAGCUCAUUGGACAUAAAUGUCUCCUGUGCAACAGGGAUCUUCGAUAUGAACCAGGAUCAGGUCCUAUCUCGAUACCAUCCCGUCCACCCACCAUUGCUGUUCUUCCCUGUGGUCACACAUUUCAUGAGUCUUGUUUGGACUGGAUCACUCCUAAAGACCAAGCUAAAGAUCCUCCAUGCGUCACCUGUAUAUUUGGGGAGGACUGAGUCCCAUGCUGCUCAACGGAUACAUCAAUUUUUUGCUGAUUGUUGACUUCUAACCUCUGCUUUUUAGGAGGCGAUGACCAAAAGUACAGAGAAUCAGGGAUAAGAUGUUGCUGAAGUUUUAUAAGAAGAGUUCUAUACCAGCUGAGUGCAUGUAAUUGUGCAUAUACAAUGAUAACUGGCAUAUAGGUUUUUCUGUCCGUUUGUUCGUUGGACUAAUGGGUAUCUUUAGAAGCAACGCAUAAGCUACUACGUGGCAUAUGCGAGAUACCGAGCAAGGUAUGCUCUGCCAUUGUAAACAUGUUCAAACGAUUUUUACACCUCUUUUAUGGAGAAGAGGACCUUUACUUUUGGGGAGAUUUACCGGC